GAUUUGAGACGGUGAGGACGCCGGGAGGGACGCGCUGUCCCCUCACGACCUGCCUCAGCCGGCCGGGCCCCGGCGCCGACCACCGCCGUGUCCCGCGGAAUCACAGGCGAAGCGGGAGAAGGAAGCGAAAGCCACUGAGAAACCGGCUGGUCGUCCGGCUCCGGAGAACGUCGGGGAGUCAGAACGCGGCGGGCAGAGAUGCUGGGCCGGGCAACCCGGUUCCUCUUGGUCCUACUGUUUGUAGCUUAUCCCACUUCUCCAGGCAAAGGCAACGAAGGCAGCAAGGUUGGACGUUGUCUCUGCGAUCUUAGAGUCACUUCCCAUUCCCCCCGAAUCGAGCAACUCAUGGGAAAUCUCCGAAAAUACCUGAAGGCAUAUCAGCGCUGUAUUUCCUACGUCAGGUUCCAGCUACCCUACAGAAAUGUAUGUGGAGGCAGCACUGACCGCUGGGUUCAGGAACUGAUGCACUGCUUUGAUAGUGGAGAAUGUGGACAUGCUCAAGCUAGGGUGGUGGCUGGCCACGGGGAUGCACCUCUUCGCAGCACCCAGCUUCCUGAGCCCACAGACACAGUCACCACUUCCAGGACGUACUUGCCAUCCACCCUGCAGCGUACCGAGCAACCCACCCCUCUGGAAGGAGCACUGUCCUUGGACAGCAAUCACAUCCCCACCCAUGAAACUACCACAUACACUUCGGGCCACAGUCUGGGGGCAGAGCCUGAGGCUAGGGAGAACCAGAAGCAGCUGAAAGAAAAAGUGGGUCCUGCAGCUGGGACAUCAGCCUUGGUGCCUGUGCUGUGCCUCUUGGCCAUCAUUUUCCUCCUCACUGGAGUCCUACUCUACGUGGUGUGCAAGCGGAGGAGGAAGCAGUCCCUGAAGCAUCCCCCAGAUCCUGAAGCUUCAUUAUACUUAUACAGCUGCAACAGAUGAACCAGUGCACAGAAUGGAAUCUUCUGAGGGUAGAUUAUGAUUUAUUCAGCAUCAAUUAAUAUACUAGAACAAUUUCUGGCACAUGGCAGACACUCUUUACUUAUUGGUCAGUGUUUAAUUCACAACUAACCAGCCACUGACCUCCCUUAGACCUUUCCUCUGUUCUUUUGGAUUUCUUCUAUACCAUGAUAUAAAAAUCACUGUUUAUUUUAUGUCUUGUAUACAGUCCAUAUUUUUUAACUACUAAAACUUAUUUUUAUAAUUUUUGGCUCUUCUUUCUGCAGACAUGGGUCUUAUGCCCUUGCCCCCUAAUCAUGCCUGAUUCUUGGCUUCAGCUUCUCUGCUGGUGGCCACCUGGCGUCUUCCCCCUCAACAUCUCCUCCCAACCCCCACCAGCCUCCAUGUCCCAUGACCCGUAUAUCUUGCUCUUGUCACUUCACACCACACCAGUGUUCCUCCCUAGCUUCCACCCUCUCCUGCUUCCUGCCCUGACCCCACAGUAAAGGCCUGGGCUUUUC